AUGGAAAAUGGAGAGUAUUUGUCACCGCAGACAGUAAUAAACACCACACAGAGCGAUGGCCAACACGCAACAGGACGGGCACGCUCCAACAGUACCAACAGCGGCCACAAACGCAGCGUCUCCGGAUCAUUACUGUCCAAACUCUCGUUCCUACGCAUGAGCCAGUCGACGUCUACCGAUAACAAUGAACCUCUAUCCUCGCGAACUCACGGGGACGAAACAGCCGGUAACCUCAGCCCUAAAGACGGGCACAACCCUAGCAACAACGAUGGGUACAUCGGAGGAUCGCGAGCGGGUGGUACAAGUCGAGCAAUGGCCACCGCCAUACAACACCAGCGAAAAAUGCGGCGACGGCGGGGCUCGUUACGCAAGACCGCAUUGCUAGGUACAAGACUGGAGAUGAAAGAGAAAAGGAACAACAACAACGCCGCUAGUACUGCAAGGGAUCCAGUGAAUUAUGGAAGCAUUGAGAAUUCCAGAGGGGUAUCGCCAUCACCAUUAAGCAUUUCUGCGGGUACCGAUGGCAGCAGGACAACGCCUCCACCUUCGACAACGCUUACGGAUGAAGACUUGACGCCGAGGGGAAGUAUGGAUCAUGACGGCGGCGGUCAUGCGAGUGUACAUUCUGGGUACUGGCCUCGGUCUUUGACGAUGGACAGAGGAGUUGUAUCGACAGAGAUUAAGUCUCCCACUUCGAUAGGCGAUACGACGGACGAGGAGGACAAUAUUUCAUUAUCGGAUUUUAACAAUACGACACCUAAUAAUAAUAAUAAUAAUACGACGAGCAACGGAAGAACAGCAUCUACACAUGCACGCCCUUCAUCAGUCAGCAGCAGCGGCAGCAUCAMCCCGCCACUGACUGCGACACCAUCCUCGAGUUCUGGAUCUUACUUUGUAUCUUCGCACCAUCAUCUUCAUCAUCACCACAAAACGUCAUCCGCCAACGAGCCUAUAGACGCCACUGCCCGCUCUCUUGGCCGCUCACCUACAACCCAUCGCGCGCGUUCUCCCCUCAUCGCCCCCGAACUCUCAAGCAACGUCUCCAACACUCUCGACCCCAGCGUCGGCGUCGGUACCAGUGGAGGAUGGGACUACUCUGAAACCGAAUGGUGGGGCUGGAUAAUCCUGCUGGUAACCUGGCUCGUCUUCGUCGUCGGCAUCGGCAGCUCCUUUGGCGUCUGGAGCUGGGCCUGGGAUGUCGGCGAAACACCCUAUGCGCCUCCAGAGCUAGAGGAUGAUCCUACGCUGCCGAUUGUAGGAUAUUAUCCGGCUUUGAUGGUGUUGACGGCUGUCAUGGCGUGGGUUUGGGUGGUGGUUGCUUGGGUUGGUAUGAAGUAUUUCAAGCAUGCUAAUAUUGCGGCUGAUGAUGGAUAA